AUGCGGGGUCAGAACAACUUCUCCAGAGGGGACCCAUUCCCAAAUACGGGGGGAUCUUCUAGCUCUGUCCCGCAUCGUCAUUCGAAUUCUAUUACAGAGGGACUUGAAGAUAUGGCUGCAUCCAUGAAUAUUGACCCAGGGGCAUCCUUGAAUGAGCUGCUCCGUACCUCAGAAGAUUAUAUCCAGAGUUCAAAAUUAUCUCUAGCAAACGGGCAGCUGGAUGUGGCAUUCAACGACUAUCUCCGAGCUUCAGAAAUCACAGUCAACGCCAUUCCCAACCAUCCAGACUAUGACUAUAUGAGACGCCAACAUCCAGGGUGGAAUGACAGGUUUAUAAAAUUACUGGCAGUUAUUCGAUCGCAAGACGGGACUAUGACGAGUGUGAAGCAGUCGAUCGACCAAAGCAGAAAGUCCCCCAACGGCCAUCAAACAACCUCCCCCCCCCCGCCGAUGCUCCCUCGGAUUCCCCCUGCCGAUGCAGAUUCUGUUGCUAGUUCAUCUCUCUCUGUGCAUCGUCUCAGUCAAAUCCCAAAUGAACCUCCACUUCGCAUGCCCAGCCCUACCAGUUUCCAGUCGAAGCGGCCCGCAUCUGUCACCCCAGAAAGCCUAACUAUCGGUCAGCCAAGCGCCGAAUCGAGACCGAGAUCGGAGAUAUUUCCUCGCAAACCGGUCAGUUCAGAGCCCAGUGCCUCAGAUACUCUCACCCAAAGGUUUGCAGAAUUGAGAAGGUCUCGCGAACCUGGAAUUUCAAAUACGGUCGAGCGGAACGGCGCUCCCCAAGGCGGCACAUCCUCCCAAUCAUCUCCAGAAGAACGGCCAGUGUCAAGAAGCAGCGCAUUAAAACACCCCAGCUCAAAACCUUUUGGACCCCGUGAUAUGAGUUUAUCGCAAAGACCACCUGCUGUGCCACCUAAAGUUCCUUUAACUACAACAAACCCUUCGCUUCCUCGUUACCCGAGUCCAGCGUAUAGUCCAGUAUGGACAGUCCCGUCACAACCACCGUUAAACCCACCCAGAACGUCAACUGAUACUGCUCGCCCGGGUCUAUCUCGCCAGGUAUCGUCUUUUAAUGGCGCGCCGAAUGACAAUCUAAACGGAUAUAGCAACGGUGACCCCCCAUCUCGAUCCCUGACCCCAAAUAGCGUUUACUCGAGGGGGGAUGCACCUAGCAGCUCUGCAAACAUUCCUCUGCAACCAACUAUACACCCAGAUAGGUUAUACGGCUAUCUUCAGAAAUACGAAGAUUACUCAUUGAUGUCCGUCCCCGAGACAGAACCCGUUGCGCUGAAAGAGAAUGUGUCAGCCGAAGAGCUUGAGGACCGGCUGGUUCUCUCUCCAGAGGUUGAACAAUCUCAUUUCAGCAGAAGGAAUGAGUUCGAUUUGGUUGUCUACUAUGAUCAGAAUACGCGAGAGGCUUCCUACCUUGCUGGGUCUCCGGCAGGUAGCAGCCUACCACAUCUACGGGCCCUCUACGACACCUUAUACGAAUUCAACGCGUAUAAACCCCUAAAGGAUGGGCGGCAACCGGCUCUUUUGGUUGGUGGUAUUGAUGCGUGGGUCGAUCUUGUUGGUCCUCACGCAUUAGCUACUUCUAAAACAGCUGCUGUUAUGAGCUCACUCCAUGCUCGGAGGCCAGCCCAGGCUGCAGCCAAACCUCUUAGGCGUGUCCCCACUGCUAGCGCCAAUUCCAGCUGGGAGGUAAGAAAGCGCAGGUUGCGAGAAUAUAAACCCCUUAACCCUGAGGAAGAACGUGUCUGGCUCGAGAAAGCUAGAAAUGAGGAAAUCGAUCCCUCUACGUAUGUAACAGAGGAGGGAGCUAUUACAGAAGAACCUGACAGUUUCAAUGAGCAAGAGGCCGCUAGCGCGUUCGUACAUGACUAUGAAGAUUUCUUUAGGAGAUUCCCCGAGCCCCAUGAUAUUAGACAAUCUAUGGUUGGAGCACAGGCACAAGCCAUCUCACCCCAAAUUCCUCUAUCUGACCCGUCCCUACCUCCGUCACUUUCUCGUCCUACGCCGGCACUUCCUCGACCCAUCUACAGUGGCGUGGCUGAGGGUAGGAAUGUUCAACCUCCUCUUGCCCGGCAAUCAUCCGCGUCUAAAACAGCGCUGUAUGCCGCUAGCUCACCAAUUGACCGCAUGAAAUUACCACGCACAGGCCUUGUUAAUAUGGGAUCGACAUGUUAUAUGAAUUCCAUCAUCCAAUGUUUGAGCGUUACCGUUCAACUAACCAAGUUUUUCAUUGACAACCGAUUCCAUUCUCAAGUACAGAAAAACUGGAAGGGCUCACAAGGUAUCCUGCCUGGUUUAUUUGCGAACCUUGUACGGUCUUUAUGGAAAAAUGAUGUCGAAGUUAUCCGCCCUACAUCGUUUCGAAAUUUUAUUGGACGGUUGAAUCCCGAAUGGGCUGGUAGCCGACAACAGGAUGCAAAAGAGUUUUUCGAUGUGCUUCUCGAUUGCUUGCACGAAGAUCUCAACUUGAACUGGAACAGGACACCGCUAAGGCCGCUGACAGCUGAGCAAGAAAUGCGCCGCGAACAGAUGCCAAUCGAGCAAGUUUCAACCAUUGAAUGGAACCGAUAUUGCCAUCGUGAAUUCUCUUAUAUAUCCUCAUUAUUUGCUGGACAGCAUGCUAGUCGACUGCGCUGUCGUACAUGUCGGCGUACUUCAACAACGUACGAAGCAUUCUUCAGCAUUAGCGUGGAAAUCCCAACAUCUCCAUCAUCGGGUGCAGGGGACCUCUACCAAUGCCUCAACAGCUACUGUCAAGAAGAAAUGCUUAGUGGCGACGAAGUUUGGAAGUGCCCACACUGUCGCUGCGAACGGGAGGCCACCAAACAGAUCAUUAUCACCAGGGCUCCUCGUUUCCUCGUGAUCCAUUUUAAGCGCUUUUCUGUCUCCCGCUACCAACAAACACGAAAAAUACACACCCCUAUCAACUUUCCCAUUACCGGCUUAGACAUCACGCCCUUUAUGGCUCCACCCGUCGGCACCUCAGCCCUCCUCAACGGAGGCGCCGAUGGGACCAAUAAAAAGUCCCAGCCGGAACUUGCAACCACCCCUCCCUAUAUUUAUAACGCCUACGGCAUUGUCCGCCACAUAGGCUCCUCUUCCAGCGAGGGACACUACAUAUCCCUCGUUAGAGACGACCGCCGUGGAUGCUGGCGGAAAUUCGAUGAUCAACGAGUGACCGAUUUCAACCCUUCGGGCCUUAGGCCAGCUGACAGCCUUCAAAAUGAUCAGGCAUACCUUGUGUUUUAUGAGCGAAGGCUAGCGAAUUAG